AAUCGUAGUGCGAGGAAAAUUACCAGACAAAGAAAGUGCGAUUAUCGCCGGGAAAAGCGGUUUCGAAUGCUGUGCAGUGCCCGAUCGCCGUGCUAGUGCGAAAAUCGACGCGAUGAUUGCAUUUAUCGACCAUUUCGGAUCGAAAUCGCCUUCCAGUUGAGAUGUAUAAAAAAUGAAUGAAGCCGAAUCGGCGGGAGGGCAACGUGGUCUUAACCAAGCCCUUCCUGCUGCGACCGAGGCUCAAGCACUGACCAUCAGCAACACUACAGUCCAGUUUACGGCUGGUUCGCACGCUGCCAACACUCCAAUGUCGCGUUCCUCCCAUGAGAUUCAGCAAAACCUGGAACAGCAACAGCAGCAGCAAGUGCUGCAAACUUCGUCUACUGGCCAACGGCAGCCCGAGUUCCAGCAAAUGCAGCCCGCCGGAACACCGACGUCAUCGUCGCUGUCCGUUGCCUCUAGUAAAAGUUACCCGCACCAACAGCAGCAGCAACAGCAGCUGCUGCUGCAGCAGCAAAGCCAGUCCUUAUCGCAUCCGCCAGUCACGUUCGAUGGCAGUGGUGGUGGUGGUCACAGUUCUAGUGAAACGAGCCAUGUAAAUAUUCCGGCGAAUGUGUGUAGUGUUCAGCAACAGCUGCCCCAGGGCAAUGGCAAUAGAGUGACCGUGGCCGUACCGGCCGUGUCGUCGGGCUGCAGUGGUAGUAGUGAAGCUAACAAUGCCCUUACCGCCACCAGUGUUGCGUACGCUGGACGAACAGCAGGAAGUGCACAGUGUGGCGCGGUGGCGGGGAACGCCGGUCUGUCCGCGGAUAGUGGAGUAGUGCUUGCGCCGGGUGCGAGUGAGGAAGUGAGUGGGAUAGCGGCAGCUGCGGCUGCGAGUACGUUUGUAGUAGGUGGUGGAAGCAUAACACCGAGUGGUUCUGUGACAGCCGGUAGUACCCUAUACGUAAAAACUGGUGCCUCAGCGUUGCCUCUAUCGUCCGCGGUGAGUGCCAGUGGAACCGCUGGUUUUGCUGUUUCUGCUGCUGCUGCUGCUGCUGCUGCUACUGCUAGUGGUGGUGUGUGUACGGGCAGUGUGUCUCCGACUGCUUCGCGAAAACGCAUCAAACUUGAGGCGGGCAUCGACGUCGAACAUGACAUCAGUGCGCUCAAGAAGCUUAUUCUUGAACACAAGUAUAUGCGAUUAAGGAGCAUCAAGGAUCGACACUCGGAACAUGUAGCGGAACUGUUUUUUCUUCAAACCGGUGGUAGUAUGAUGGAAUAUCCCGUAUGGAGAAAGAAACCAGCAACGCCAGCGUUCACGAACUUUAUCCGCACGUUCAAGCUGGAGCCCUUGUCUAGCAAUCUGGAAGAGGCAGGAGAAGCACUAAAACAGCAAGCAGCAAACCGAGGAUUGGCGUCCUCCUCGUCUAUUGGUAGCAACAACCUAGGUGCUGCCUCAAAUCACGCUCUUCUAUCGAGUGGAAAUGGCAGCAACGGUGGCGCUGGUAAUACGUCGGCAUCGGCGGCGGCAAGUUUCCCGCAGGGAGCGGAAAUCAAGAUACCGGGAAUCGGCGCUACACCGGUCGCCGUCUCGACAACACUGCCGGCCGCGGUGGCUCAGUUGAGCCAGCAAGGAGGAACACCUAUUAUCCCCGAUCCGAUCGGUAUGGGAGCUACGGGAACUACUACGACGGGUGUGGCGGGAUCAUUGGAUAGGACAAAGUUCUCGCUGGCAGCAAGCGGCGGGACUGUUGGAGGAGCAGCAGUGGGAGGUUUACCUUUGGCGGUGAAAAAUGAGUUGUUGGAUGCUAGAAGUGGCACGGAAGGCAGAGAGUCACCUCUUAGUACCAAUACUCAUAGUGAGACGAACGGUCCGAUCAGCAUAACGCACGCUCGCACAGGAGCUGGUAGCAAUAGUGGCAGUGGCAGUGGCUCAAGAUUGUCAAGCCAUCAGACCUUAAACGCUAUGUCCCAACAGAAUGGCGCGAUCGGCGGAUAUGGUAACAGUGGCAGCUCGGGCUCUUCCGGUACCAGCACCAACGGCAAUGGUCAGGAUCAGUACACGAACAAGGCGAAGCAAGAGGUGUACGUCAUGCAGCGGGUGCAGGAGCUCCAGAAGGAAGGUCUGUGGACAGAGAGACGGUUACCCAAGGUGCAGGAACCACAGCGACCGAAAGCACACUGGGAUUAUCUGUUGGAAGAGAUGGUAUGGCUGGCGGCUGAUUUUGCGCAGGAGCGUAAAUGGAAGAAAGCGGCAGCGAAGAAGUGCGCCCGGAUGGUGCAGAAGCACUUUGCGGAGAAGGCAAUGGCAGCGCAGCGAGCCGAGAAAGCACAGGAGCUACAGUUGAAGCGUAUCGCGGCGUUUGUGGCAAAGGAGAUCAAAAUCUUUUGGUCGAACGUCGAGAAGCUCGUCGAGUACAAGCAGCAAACGAAGCUGGAUGAAAAGCGCAAGAAGGCGCUCGACCAGCAGCUUAGCUUCAUCGUGGAUCAGACGGAACGUUACUCGCAGCAGCUAGUG